GUUCUAAUAAUAAUUGAGAGGUUUAUCAUGAUACUCUAUAAAUUAGUUCUAAUAAUAAUUGAGAGGUUUAUCGUGAUACUCUAUAAAUUAGUUUUAACAAUAAUUGAGAUGUUUAUCGUGAUACGGUAUAAAUUAGUUCUAAUAAUAAUUGAGAGGUUUAUCAUGAUACGGUAUAAAUUAGUUCUAAUAAUAAUUGAGAUGUUUAUCAUGAUACUCUAUAAAUUAGUUCUAAUAAUAAUUGAGAUGUUUAUCAUGAUACGGUAUAAAUUAGUUCUAAUAAUAAUUGAGAUGUUUAUCAUGAUACUCUAU